AUGGGGAAGACUGAUUUGACAGUUGCCCUGAUCAUUGGUACCCUGCACAUGGAGGAGAGACCAGAGGCAGUACUGAGUGUAUCUCCACAGAGCUGGCUGACUGAAGGAGACUCAGUGACUCUAAACUGUGAGGUUAAAGACUCCUCUACAGACUGGACAUUCAGCUGGUACAGACAUCUUACUUACAGAGAUGGCCUACUUCAAUUAAAAAAUAAUAAUGGCUAUGUGGAGCUUCUCUCAGUCAACAGCAGAGGAUCUGGAGGCAACUACACUCUCAGUCCUGCUGCUCUUAAUCACACAGGAGUUUAUAGGUGCAGAGGAAAGAGAAAAAAACAAUUCUUUACAAAGUUCAGCAAACCACAGCCAGUAUGGAUCACUGGUGAAUCUCCUCCAGUCUCUCUGAUCAUCAAUCCCAGCAGAACUCAACACUUUACUGGUGACUCUCUCUCACUGAGCUGUGAGGACCAGAGUAACUCUACUGGAUGGACAGUGAGACGAUACACACACAGUGAGGGAGUGUCAGAUUGUUCACAGUGGGGAUCUGUUACAGGCUCUACAUGUAAAAUCAGCUUCCUCUCCACAUCACACACUGGAGUUUACUGGUGUGAGUCUGAAUCUGGAGAAAACAGUAAUCCUGUCAACAUCACAGUGCAUCCAUCACAUGUAGAAGCUCCAUUCUCAGUGCUCAUGCUGAUCAGUAGUAUAGUGACGGCCUCUCCAUAUCUGCUGGUCACCAUCAUUCUGCUGAUCAAAUGUUACAGAGCUCGAGAAGACUUCGCCGCCUAUUGA